AUGGAAUGCUCAGUAUUCCAGAACCCAUUUCAGUUACGCCGGUCGAGUAGCCAGUUAUCAAUCCUUACCGGCACUCCACAUCCAUCAACGGUUGUCACAACAGCAGCAGCCCGCUCAGCAACGAUGCCGUCUGGUCAUUAUCCGCAAUCUCUCGAGCAGCACAUUCCAUCCCCACAACCCCCCAUGGACGGCAAAACAUCCCCCGGAGGCCUUAAGCCCCUCUUGCUGCCGACUGCCUUCAGUCCUCAGCUCCCAUCGACCCCAGAACUCGGGCCGUCCAGCCAUCAUCAUCAUCAUCAUCAUCAUCACUAUCCUAGGAAAUUUUCCGCACCCUCACCCUCGUGGGUCCGCCAGUCGAGCUUCUCUGCUUCUAUCGCUCCUGCAUCAAGCUGUUGUCCCUCCAGACAGUCCCACUAUCGGCAGACAAGCGUCUCCUCCUCCAACUGGCCCUCCUCCUCCUCAAGCUCCUCCUCGGUCUCCUCAGCCUCGUCAAUCAGCAGCUACCACAAUCCUACAUUGGACUGCCUCCAAGAAUCCUCACCAACACCCCAACCCGGCCGCUCCACUCGUUCCCUCUCGGCAAACUACGCGACCCAUGUCCCUCCUGGCUCCUCCGUCAUCCGCACCUCCUCAUUAUCGCACGCGCUCACGCCGAUUAAUCCAUCUGAGCCGACCACACGAAGAGCCAUCCACUCCAAACGCAGCUCGAUUUCGUACUCCAAGUUCAGCCCGCCUUCCUUUCUGCCUCACCCGUCAAUCUCGCCUGCAUCCACCGUCUAUUCCUCUGAGCCCGUCGUCUUCUCCGCCAACCCCAUCGAAACUAAUACUCCCACAGAAUCCGAUACCCCUCAGUCGGCUUCGCCAUCACUCGACCCUUCCCAGCCGGAAUCCAUCGACAAGCUCCUCGACGAACUCCUCGUCGAACUCGUCCAAUGCGCACACUCCUUGGGCCUUCAAGACGAACUGGUCGGGAUCGUGGAACUCUAG